CCUUCUUGCACUGCCAGAUGUAUGGUGUGCUGCACACAGGUGCGUGCGUAAUGUUACACUCGCCUGCAUGUCGGUCUGCAGAUGGACCGACAGGACAGACCGACAGGAUGGACACAGGAAGCAGCAGUACGACAGCAGGCAGCGUUCGACGAACAGUCAUUUCCACGCGCCACAUGCAGUGUGCCCCGACCCCUCUAUCAACAGAGGUGCUUGUCUCGGGUGUUGCGCACCCUCCACGCAACACAUCAACAGCAGCCCACCACAUCAUGGCCAAUGGUCAGUCACUUGGCAGUGCCCGCCGUGGCCUGCUGGCGUGCCUCGUAGCCGCGCCAGUACACCUACACACACACACAGUGUUCAUUCAACCUGUGUGUGUGUAUGGCGCUGUUGUUCACCUGUCCGUAGCUGGCGUAGAGCUCCUCUCCUGGCUCGAUGGCGCGAAGAGCUAUCACCUCGGCCCUCCUGCACACACACACACACAUAGAGAGGCCAGCUGUGCAUGACUGGUGAGCGGUCUCACUUGAGCGUCUUGAGUUUGUUGAAUCUGACGUUUAUCUUGCUCUUGUCGAAGUUGUCAUUGAUGUAGCGAGCCAACACCUGCAGAGCCACGCAGCCAACCAGCCCCUUGGACCACGGCGACCAUGAGUUGUGUGCCACACACACUCCUUCUGUCAGACCUCUGGGUGUGGUCCCGCGUCGAUGUGGGCGUUGAGUCCGAAGCCGCCCAUCACAUAAGUCCGGUCCCUCUGCUGCAGCAGCUGCCUGCACCACACGUAAGGCACACACAUUCAUCACCCUCCCCAUGUGAGAGGAUGGAUUUUUCUUGCCCAAUUAUUCCCCCUCUCACCUGAGAGUGAGGACAGUGCCGCUGUACUCGCAGAGCACCUCUCCCCGUCUGAAUGCCUUGCAAGCGAACAGCCCCAUUCCAGCGCCGCCGAUGAGAGACCGACGCACCUCCAAACCACAGUCGACACUUCGAGGAUAUUCAUCGCCACAGCCGGCCGCAUCAGAUGCCAUGCAAUUCAUGCCAUCACGUCACCACUGCC